GAAUAUCACCGCUAUUGCGCGAAGAUCAAAAUUUCAAUCUAUCAGAAGGAAACGUAUUCGGUGAGCUCCCGUUCGUUUUCAACAGGCAAAUAAAGAUGGAUUCUAUCGAGUUACUGAAUGAUACAAUGAAGAGACUUGCUGCUAAAGAAGACAGUGAGAUAACAGCUGAAGGAUGGCUCAUCAAAGCAGUAUCUGUUGGGGAAACUUUCUUGAAAGACCUUCUUUGUGCUAACAAACAUAACAAGAGGAUAGCCUUGCUACAGAAAAACAAUAGACAAAAUGAUACCUCACAUCAAAAUGGUGACAUAUCUUUAGAGUCUGAUUUGGAUGAAUCUAAGGAAGAAAGCAAGGAUGUCAGUUCAUGUAGCUUACUGAAUGGAGAGGAUAGAGACAGUCAUCUCUUGCCAGUGGAAGAUGCAAGGAACAUUCUGACGAUGUACACCAUGCUGCAUAGUCCCCUGGUACAGACCAACAACCAAGUAGACCCAGAGUCUCUCCUUCCACUAUGGAUCCUGUGUGAUGGCAAGGAUCCAGAAAGAACCAGUUUGAUCGGCUGUGAACUGGCCCAUACCGGUUCAGGUCAGGAGUCAGACAGCAGUCCAUUCAUCCUCACCACAGUCACAUCUGAUGAUCCCAUUUCUAGCAAGGCAGAUGUUCCAACUUUGCAGCAGGUUAUUUUAGAGGCUCAUGAAGACUUAGCAUCUAAGUACAUAGCAAGUCAAGGCUUUGCUCAGUUUGAAGUGGUCAGCCAGCUUAGUGCAGAUACCACAUUAGCUGAGACUCAGAGUAGUGAUUCCUCCUACAUAGCAGUAGAGUGUACAUGGAACCAAGUCAAGAAGAUACUGGAGAGCCCACGGGAUGCUAGCUGUAAAGUGCUGAUACGUGCUGUGCCAGGUGACAUGAGAAACACCCCUUUAGAAGUCUACAAAGAACUAUGCUUAUUAAAGACAUUUGCUGACAGCUUAGAAACAGGAGAAGUGAACUGGAUAACACGAGAGAAGACGAGCUCAAUUCAAGAUCUUAUAACAACCUUCUUGGAUGAGAUCAAAGGUGGACCCAUUUAUAAGAGAAAGACUGGAGACGACGCUGAUGAUUUGGAUGCCCAGCUUUGUUGGAAGGCAGCGUUUGAUAGAAGCGAUUUAGACUUCACUGAACGGCUCUGGAAUAUCCUCCGGAAUAAUGCAACAUGUUAUGAAGAUAUCACUACAGCCUUCAGCAUGGUGAUCAAUGAACUUAACAGAGGACAGAUACAGCCAAUGGUUCACAGAAGUAAUCAGACUACAUUAGCCCAAGAGCUCCGGAUGUUGUACGAAGACCCAGCCCAUAUGUUCAGUCUAAAUCAUUCUCCAAUGACUCACCUUGUGGAGAUAGCCAUUGAUAAGAUUCAGAGAGACUAUACAAACUUCUUCUUAGCCAAGAAGUUGACCACCCUGUAUUCCCUGGAAUGGUUCGUCCAAUCAGUUGACCUCUUGACCCCGGGUGAGCUGGUCAAGAGGUUACGGAGUCUACAUUGUAUCUUGGAGGUUUCCAUGCUAGCAUCUCAAUCCUUGGGUCUUCCUACCAACAAUAUACUCACACUCAUCAGGAAUGCCCUGGACUACUAUCGGAAUAACUCUCCUGAUGUUCAGCAUACAUUUGUACUUCCUGUGGAGCAGACCAGUGUUGUCAGCUUGUACCAAAAUCAGCAGCCGAGUGUAUGGAGGUUGACUACACAGUGUGGAUGUAGGGGUGAUAAGACCAGCUCGGUCUAUCAGCUCAGCUCAAGACCAUUCAUUGACAGUGUCAUCCAAACAACAGAUAUGGCCAUAGAUGAUGAAGGUGAAGAACAGGAGCCAUUCCACUACUUUGUGACACGGGUGAAAAGAGACUUGGAGCCAUUUGUGCCUGUCAACAGUUUUGAGACCAUCUAAAAUGGAAACGUGUGAGAAGAUAUUGCUUGCUCGUAGAGCUCUUUCAUCAAGUCUUCCUAAGUCGUUCUGGAACUCAAAAAUUGUCUCAUAUUUUGAAGAAGGGUGCUAAUGAGUUGCACUGUUGUCCUAAAAGCAGACGCGCACUAUUGCGCUAAACACAGACAUGCACUAUUGCAUUAAGCAGAAGGUCGUAAGCAUUUAAAUGCCUGUAACUUAAAAAAUACCUGCUUAUUUGAUACACAGCUACUCAAAUCGUGUAGUCACAAAUUUACUAUCGACUUUUUAUUAGUUGAUGAAGGGAGAAAUUCCUGUCAUAUGACAUGUAUGGAGUAAUCAAAAUAUUAGAAGUAAGUGAUCAGGAAUACAUGACCUUGUGCCUGCAGCACGAUGGAUGAGUCGUAUGCUGAGACAUUGUAGUCAGCUAGAGAGGAGCUUCAUUUUUACUUGGUGUUGACUGAUGAGGGAAUGACCAUGAGAACCCCAUUUCAGAUUAUUUUGAAUGAUGUCAUCAAGGAAUUUGAAGGAAAACUUCAAACUAGGCAUCCUUUUUUACAACUUCAAUUUGGGUGGGCAAUGAAAUAAAAAUGGGUUCAUGUAUAGAGCUACAGAAUUGCCAAUAUGUGUUUGAUUGAUCGCAACUU